AUGGAACCGAAGAGUUCAAUUCCGUAUCAACAGUGUGAUGAGACAAAGUUAGUUGCGUCUGUCAAAAAAAUUGUUUACACCAAUGUCAUUGAGACAAAUAACAAAUAUUUAAUAUUUAAUAAUGAAUUAAAUCAACAAAAUAUCGCCGAUUCUAUUUCAACGACAAUGCUGGAUGACACGAAUAUUUAUUGUGGUGAGCAAGAAAACUCCGAAAUUAAUCUACAAGACUUGUGUCGAGUAUGUGGUAACACAAAUAAUCAUAUGGUUCCAAUAUUUGGAGACGAAGGCUUACAACAUGAUUUAAUUAAUAAAAUAUCAAGGUACUUACCAAUAAAUGUCACAAAAAAUGACACAUUGCCCUUGCAAUUGUGUUACAACUGCGCCUCAACUUUAAUAGCUUGGCAUGAUUUAUUGGAAAGAUGUUUGGAUGCUGAGCAAAAGCUGUUAGGGAUUGAAGAACGGUUACUUUCAAAGAAUCAGAUCGACAAAUCUGAUGAUUUAGAAACUGUCCAACAAUCUGUAUCCCAUGUAGAGAGUAAUCCAGUACCUCAAAGUUUAGAACAUGAAAAAGAAUCUAUUCCCGAAAAUUCGAAGACACCUAGUGAAGAAAGGUCUUCAUUUAUACAAACAAGAAGUAUAACUUCAAGAUGUAUGAGAAAAAAUUCUAUAACGAGUCAUGACAAGUUGGAAGAACUACCGAGACCCAUGGUUGAACAAAUCGAUCAAGAACCUGAAGCUUAUUCUGAAGACAAUGAUGAUUCAUGUGCUAGCGAAGAUGAAGCUCGGGUUAAUAAUGGAGAUAAAGAUAAAGAUAAAGAUUUGCAUGACUCUUCAGAUGAAACUGAGCGAAAAUUGGAACAAAAAGAUAAUAAAAGAAAUUCAAAAACUCAACAAGAAUCUCAAGUAAAACCCUCACGACCUCGCUCAUAUCCUUGUAUGUACUGUGAUUUUAUAGGUAAUAAGAAAAAGUUAUUGCAAGCACACAUGAUUGAGAUUCACCCGGACGUACUGAUGGAUGAUUUAAUAAAAAAGCCAUCUUGCGUUGAUAAAGAAAUGAUCGAAAACGCUCGAAUGGAAGCUGAUGGUCGCGUUUAUUAUCACUGUGAAGAUUGUGGGAAAAACCUUUUCUCCCCAUACACAUUUUUUUGGCACAAGCGUAUCCAUACAGGUGAACGUCCAUUCUGUUGUCAUCUCUGUGGCAAACAAUUUCGAGUGAACCAAGGUCUUGCCCGACAUUUACACGAGACACACGAGGGAAUUAAAAAUUUUUCGUGUGACAUUUGUAGUAGAACAUUUGCUACCAAGCGCACACUUGAUGAUCAUCGACGUAUUCAUACAAAUGAACGGCCUUAUGUUUGUAACAGAUGUGGAAAAACUUUCAAGCAAAAAGCGUCGCUUUUUGUUCACAAUCGCACACACAGUGAUGUGUUCCCAUUCAAGUGCGUACACUGUGAGCAAUCCUUUCGCACACGUCCGACGCUUAUGGUCCAUAUUACCAAACAUACUGGCGAAAAACCAUUUGUUUGUGAAAUUUGUAAUCGACCUUUUAGAAUAAAGUUUCCCAGCGGUAGAAGGCGAUUACAAAUUAAGAAGAAACGCGUCACUCGUGAGAAACGAACUACUGAACAAAAAGCUUUGAUUUUAAAUUCAAAGAUAAUAGUUGAUGGAAUUAAUUAUUACAAGUGUUCAGAUUGCAACAAAGUAUUGUCAACUGUAUAUAAUUUUCUGACGCAUCGAAAUACUCAUUCUGAAGAUACUCCUUAUGUAUGUGAAACCUGCGGGAAAGGUUUUAAGGCUGCAUCUGCAUUGAUUAGACAUAGAGCAAUUCAUGGAGGAAGAAAAAAAUAUCCGUGUGAUCUCUGUGGUCAUGUAUUAUCUUCAAAAUCUGCUAUCGAAGAACAUCUUCGUACUCAUUCAAGUGAUCGUCCAUUUGUUUGUCAAUUCUGUGACAAAUCGUUCAAACAAAAGUCAGCUCUGUAUAGUCACAAAAAAUUUCACCUAACAGAUGCGACAUCGAAACAUAAAUGCUCAACUUGCGAGCGUGUUUUUCCUCGCAGUCAAGAACUAAAAAAACAUAUUCUAGUUCAUACACAUGAAAAACCGUAUUGCUGUGAUAUUUGUGGAAAAAAAUUCCGUACAAGUGGUUGUGUAAGCCGUCAUAAACGCAUCCAUGCGACGGAAAAAAUUCAUAAAUGUAAUAUUUGUGGAGCGCAGUUUGGUCAAAAAAGAUAUUUAAAAAAUCACUGCCGGUAUAAACAUAAAACAACAACAACUGAAUAA